AUAUGGCCAUCUAAAAUGGGAGAUGCUGGUGGAUAAGGCUGAAAGGCGUUGCGCCUCGAACACUUGGCCAUGGAAUCGGCAUCCUUGUUUCAGGCCACAUUCUUCACUUCUCCGGCCACCUCUGCGGUCGGAAAAAUCAACCCCUCUCUCUUCCUUCACUUUCGUCGGGAGUUCCGCCAGCAACAUCCCCGUGCUCCGGCGCGGUUGUCGGCUGUGAAAAGUCCAAGAGGCUUUGGAACACCGCCGGAGAAGCUGAGAAAGAACAAGGGCAAGAAGAAGGGCAGAAGGUACGAAGACGACGAUGAUGAAGACGACGAUUUCGACGACGAUUUGGACGCGGAGCCCGAGGAUGUCACCAUACCGGAGGUCGUUACCAAUCGAAUGAUGAGAAGAAUGGGCUUCUCCGUGGGGAUCCCUCUGGUUCUGGGUCUCCUCUUCUUCCCUUUCUUUUAUUACCUGAAGGUAGUGCAGAAGGUGGAUGUGCCGACAUGGGUGCCCUUCAUCGUUUCCUUCUUCUUCUUUGGCUCUGCGUUGCUGGGGGUGAGUUAUGGGAUUGUGUCCUCCAGUUGGGACCCUCUGAGAGAAGGGUCGCUCUUGGGAUGGAACGAAGCUCAGAGGAAUUGGCCCGUUUUCUGGCAGUCGCUCUGGAGGGGGUCAGCGAAGAAGUAGUUCCAAGAGCAAGCAGAGAGAUUUUGAAGUAUUGUUAUAAAUUCAUGUAUAUUUUUGUGUGGAUUACCUUGUUUGAAUUGUUUCCUUGCAUUAAGAUGUUUUCUAUGGAAUUCUUGGCGACAA